CCCUUGUGCCCCUCCCACACGCUUGUCGCCACGAUCCCGACGGGCCCAGCGGCUAGGAGAGUCACGUGAGAGUGGGCGGAGGAGGUGGAGGUUUGUCUCCGCUGUUUCAUCUCUAUGGCUGUCAGAGGUGGGCGGCUUUGACCGAGGAGCUGGUGGAGCUCGUGCUUGGACGCGAUGUUUCGUCUGAACUCACUUUCUGCUUUGGCAGAACUGGCUGUGGGGUCUCGAUGGUACCAUGGAGGAUCACAGCCUAUCCAGAUCCGGCGAAGACUAAUGAUGGUGGCUUUUCUGGGAGCAUCUGCAGUAACUGCAAGUACUGGUCUUUUGUGGAAGAGGGCUCAUGCAGAAGCUCCACCAUAUGUAGACAACCUGAAGACUGACAUUGGUGAUAAAGGAAAGAAUAAAGAUGAAGGGGACAUUUGUAACCAUGAAAAAAAGACUGCAGAUCUUGAGCCUCACCCAGAAGAGAAAAAGAAGAAACGUUCUGGAUUCAGAGACAGAAAAGUGAUGGAAUAUGAGAAUAGGAUUCGAGCCUACUCCACACCAGACAAAAUCUUCAGAUAUUUUGCCACCUUGAAAGUCAUCAGUGAGCCUGGUGAAGCAGAAGUGUUUAUGACGCCAGAAGAUUUUGUGCGAUCCAUAACACCCAAUGAAAAGCAACCAGAACACUUGGGUCUGGAUCAAUAUAUAAUAAAACGUUUUGAUGGAAAGAAAAUUUCCCAGGAACGAGAAAAAUUUGCUGAUGAAGGCAGUAUAUUUUACACCCUUGGAGAAUGUGGGCUCAUAUCCUUUUCAGACUACAUUUUCCUUACAACCGUUCUUUCCACUCCUCAGAGAAAUUUUGAAAUUGCCUUCAAGAUGUUUGAUUUGAAUGGAGAUGGAGAAGUAGAUAUGGAGGAGUUUGAACAGGUUCAGAGCAUCAUUCGCUCCCAAACCAGUAUGGGUAUGCGCCACAGAGAUCGUCCGACCACUGGCAACACCCUCAAGUCUGGCUUGUGUUCAGCCCUCACAACCUACUUUUUUGGAGCUGAUCUGAAGGGAAAGCUGACAAUCAAGAACUUCCUGGAAUUUCAACGUAAACUUCAGCAUGAUGUUCUGAAGCUCGAGUUUGAACGCCAUGACCCUGUGGAUGGGAGAAUUACUGAGCGGCAGUUUGGUGGCAUGCUACUUGCCUACAGUGGGGUGCAGUCCAAGAAGCUGACCGCCAUGCAGAGGCAGCUCAAAAAGCACUUCAAAGAAGGAAAGGGUCUGACAUUUCAGGAGGUGGAGAACUUCUUUACUUUCCUAAAGAACAUUAAUGAUGUGGACACUGCAUUGAGUUUUUACCAUAUGGCUGGAGCAUCUCUUGAUAAAGUGACCAUGCAGCAGGUGGCCAGGACGGUGGCUAAAGUGGAGCUCUCAGACCACGUGUGUGAUGUAGUGUUUGCCCUCUUUGACUGUGAUGGCAAUGGCGAGCUGAGCAAUAAGGAAUUUGUCUCCAUCAUGAAGCAACGGCUGAUGAGAGGCCUGGAAAAGCCCAAAGACAUGGGUUUUACUCGGCUCAUGCAGGCCAUGUGGAAAUGUGCACAGGAAACUGCCUGGGACUUCGCUUUACCCAAACAGUAACCCCACACCGCAAGAGGGGACCACCUCUCCACCCGCAGUACCCGGGCCCCCUCAGUAGACCUUGCCAGAGCCAUUUGGGCGGCAGCUUCUGGCAGUAGUCUCCCUUUCUCCUGGGGAUGACCUCAGGACUCUAUCGGUUUCCCCUCUUUACCCUUCCCUGUCCCCGUGUUCUGCUGGGCUCUGAUUCUGCCCAGUGAUUAUCCCCAUAGGUUCUCAAAAACAUGAACAAGUCUGAAAAGCUCAGACAUUUGGCAGCCUCAGCAGCACUACCCAUUCAGGCACCCUGUGGAUAAAGAAUGCAGGGAACUGUCCACACACCUGCCAACCCUGGGAAGCAUCCAGUUCUCAAAUCGUUGUUGCUGCGGAUUUAUUUUAACAAGAACAUUCCUUGCCUUCCCUCCUGCUGGUAUUUUAAAGCUACAAGUAGGGAAGAUAUCUGGCGGGCAGAAAGAAGUCCAUGAUGAUGAAUGAUGAUGAGGAUGACCUGGGCACCCUACGCUAGCGUGAGAGGCCUGCACCCCAGGAAGCAUCUGUGUUAGUCCCUGGGAUGGCGCUGAGGCCUGCUCUAGGAAGGCAGCGUGCUCAGAACACAGCAAGAUUCAGAAUUUAAAUUAGUUGCUUCAUGGCUCUCUCCACUCCCUUUUUUCCUCAGAGCCUCCCUAAGAUGACUCCAGCGUGACCCUGUGCUUAGUGAGCAGCAGUGAUUGAGUUCAUGUUCCCUGCAAGUGCCAUUUCCCCUCCAGGAUAGGCCUCUGAAGCUGAGGCCUGGCUCAGAGCCUGUUUGCCCUCUGUUUUAAACACUUGUAAAAUAUCACUUUAAUUAUAACCGUUUGCAAUAAACAUCCCCAAAGUU